CCCCCCCCCCCCUCUCCGGCGUGAAGUGUCGACCUGUCGCCAGGGUAAGCACGAGAUGAUCAGCAGCAGCAGCGUCUAUGGCUUAAAGAUGCAGUGGACCCCCGAGCACAGCCAGUGGGCCGAACAGCACUUCGACAUAUCCUCCACCACGCGCUCGCCGGCCCACAAGGCUGAGGCCUACAGGGCGGUGCCCGGCCACCUGCAGCGCUCGGCCGCCUACCAGUACGCCUGGGCGAACGACGACAUCUCUGCCCUCACUGCCUCCAACCUGCUCAAGAAGUAUGCCGAGAAGUACUCCGGCAUUUUGGAGAUGCCGGGCUCAUACUCUGAGGCCUCUGGGGUGAUGAACGGACGCAAAGGCGAGUCAGAACCCUGGCAGGACGGCGUCUACCCCAUGAGCUGCAUCCCCGAGGGAGUGUCCAUCCGGAAGGGAGGGGUGGCGGCGGCCUCGGAGGUGGUGUCCGGUAUGUGCAGCUCCCCGGGCCUGGCCUCCAGCACCCUGAGCGAACCCAGCUACUCCAGCAGCAGCUGCGGGAGCCACACCGCCACCGCCCUCCACACCUCCUCCAUGGCCUCCCAGGAAUACGCCCCCCCUUACGGCGGCUCAUACCUGCACGGCAGUUAUGGCUCCCAGUCCGCUCCAGCCCCGGCGCUCCCCUCCCCGCUGCACAGCUCCGGGCUCUUGCAGCCGCCCCCUCCGCCGCCCUCCCACCCCACCCUGGUCCCAGCUUACAACGGAGGCUCCCCCAACUUGUCUAGUUAUAAUUACCCCCCGGCGGGCUACUCGGCCCAGAGCUCAGUCGGCCCAGGCUACAGCCCUGGGGGGGCACCUCCUCCAUCCUCGUACCUCCCCUCAGGCAUCGCCGCUCCUACACCCCUCCCCCCCUCCUCCGCUUUACCUGGAUACCCAUACCAGAGCCACAACCUGACCCCAAUCGCCCCAACGCCUCUCAACAGCAGCUCUUCCAACACGCUAAAGAGGAAGGCUUUCUACAUGGCGGGCCAAGGGGACCUAGACUCCGCUUACGGUAACUUUGGCUACGGCCAGACCCGGAGCGCUGGCGAGAGCCCCAUGUACAGGAUAGCUGACAGCAGCAGCGCCAACGGCGGCUCCAACGGCGCUGGGGGUGGGGGAUUCGACCGGAGUGCUGAAAAGUCUUCUUUACCUUUUAAUCCUCAAAAGCAGUCCACGAUGUCCUCAGAGCAGCAGCAGAGGAAGUACAGCAGCCAGGCAGGAGGCGGUCCGCUGACUCCACCGGCCUACGUCACCUCCACCCGGGGCUCCCGCUCGACAGAUUCCCUCGCCAGCUUUACUUCCCCCUCCCUCAGUGAGCAAGGCGCCGAUGACCACCGUCUCCACCUCUCCCACACGACGCCGGAGCCCACCUCCUCCUCUUCCACUUCCACCUCCUCCCGGCCCGCUGAGGAGCAGCUAAAAAGCAGUGACCCCCACCUUCUGGACAUGGUCACCUCUGAAAUUGUUCAGCAAGGGCCCCCGGUGGAUUGGAGUGACAUUGCCGGCCUUGAACUGGCCAAGGCCAGCCUAAAGGAGGAGGUCCUGUGGCCCAUCCUGCGCCCGGACAUGUUCAGCAGUUUGGGACCAGCCCCGCGCUGCGUGUUGCUGUUUGGCCCCCAGGGCAGCGGCAGGACGUUGCUGGGUCGCUGCCUGGCCAGCCAGCUGGGGGCCCCAUUCCUCCAGCUCAACGGCUCCACGCUGGCCACCAAGUGGCUGGCGGAGGGGGAGAAGAUCCUCCGUGCGUCGUUCCUGGUGGCGCGCUGCCGGCAGCCCUCAGUGCUGUUCAUCAGCGAGGUGGACAUGCUGCUGUCGGCGCACCUCAGCGAGGAGAGCCCCGUCCACCGACUGAAGGCGGAGCUCCUCGCCCAGCUGGACUCGCUGCUCAUGGGCUCAGGCGACGACGGAGGCAACCAGGUGUUGGUAGUGUGCUCCACGAGCAGACCGCAGGACAUGGACGAGGGGCUGCGCCGGUACUUUGCCCGAAGGGUCCUGGUGCCCCUGCCGGACGGCGGGGCCCGGCACCAGAUCGUGGGUCAGCUCCUGGCUCAGUCCCAGCACAAGUACUGCCUGAGCGAGGAGGAGCUGGCGCUGCUGGUCCAGCGCACCGAGGGUUUCUCCGGCCUGGACGUGGCCAGACUCUGCCAGGAGGCCCUCGUGGGAUUGUUACACGUCUCGGCACAGGGCAUGGACAUGUCGGGUAUGAUGCCCCGGGGGCAGGUCCGGCCCCUCACCUACCAGGACUUUGAGAGUGUCUUUUGUAAAUUCCAAGCCAGUAUAUCACAGAAGGAGAUCGACACGUACAUUGAGUGGAACAAAAUGUUCGGCCUGCAGCCAGUGAAAAGAUGGAUUCCCGCCCUUGAGAAGAAAACAGGCUUCCACAAUUCCUCCCCUCAGGGCAGAAGCAUUGUGCUGGAGGGAACGGUACACAGAAGGCCAACACGAGCCCAGCUGAGUUCUCACGAGCAGGGUUUUUAGACGCGCCAGGUCUGACAAGACUACUGGCAGGUUUGCGGUUAAUGAGUAAGAGUUUUAAUUUGAAUGCUCGACACCCCAGACAGCCGGGCGUUGUUUACACAUUGCAAAGCAAGAUGGCUCCAUAGGAGACGCCCCAGUGUCUGUGUAUAUAGAUAUCGUUUUGUUCUUGAGAUUUAGUUGGCUAUCCAAGUGCCUGAAGUGGUGCUUUUCUUUUUUUCCAUUUAUUUGCCUCACAAUCUACAUUCACGGCAUGAGCUGACGACUAUUAAGAGCUUUAAAACUUCUGAAAAAAACGGAGAUCAUCAGUCACCAUUGUCGACUUCUUCAUGGUCCAGCUCGGAGCAGCGGUCUUUCGGCGCGUCAGUAGUCUGGGCAGCCGACCCGCACUCGUCUCUUCUGACCCCGCGUCUGCAAAACAAACGUGACAAACAAAAACUCAGGAAAGCGUUUGUGAAUUGUACAGGACCUCAAGACAUCUGGACAAAAAAAAGCAGAGCGAUGGGAGGGGGAGAAUCCGAGGUGGUCUAGCUCAUUUUCGGUUUGAUGAAGCAGUGCUAGCUGUGCCUCGACUGGCUAGGAUAAACAGCAAAGAGGUGAAAAUGAAUGUACUAGUUAUUUAUUUUCCUGACAGCAGGUGCUUAAGUUGCCUGUUUUUUACUUGACCAACCUAGAAGCUUAUUUCCAUUGCUUUUUAAAAAAUGAUCACAUUUUAGUGGGUUUCUAAGAGACAACGCAGGUGUCGGGGUGUUGGAAGUUGUGUAUUUAUUGACACUACCACAAUCAGCAUUGUUUAUAUAAGCGUGGAGGCUCCAUUGGUUUGUCAGCUAACUUCUGCACAAAUCAUCAGCUCGUGUGUCAUGUUAUUAACAGAGAGGAGACUCAUUCUCUGGCAUGGAUGAACUUCAUGCUUGAAACUCCUUCAUAAAAGCUAAAGGAACAGUUUAACAUUUGAGAAAAAUCAGCAAAAUGUGCUUUUCUUACUGAGAGUUAGAUGAGAAGAACCAGGCAGCGCUUAGCGGUUAGCUUAAGGUUGACGUAAAACUAAGCUUGGCUCAGUGACCGCUAAACAAAGUCAGCUUCAUAUUUUCACUUGAUUAAUCCGUACAAAAACUCAAUGAUCUUACUUGCUGCUAAGCUAACUGGCUGCAGCCUUGUAUCACAAGAGCGACCAUGAGAGUGAUGCUAAGCUAACUGGCUGCAGCCUUGUAUCACAAGAGCGACCAUGAGAGUGAUGCUAAGCCAACUGGCUGCAGCCUUGUAUCACAAGAGCGACCAUGAGAGUGAUGCUAAGCUAACAGGCUUUAGCCUCGUAUCACAAGACUGACCAUGAGAGUGAUGCUAAGCUAACAGGCUUUAGCCUCGAAUCACAAGAGCGACCAUGAGAGUUAUGAUCAACAUUCUCAUCUGACUCUCAGCAGGAAAACAAAUCAGGAUAUUUCAUAAAAAAAUAUCAAACUACUCUUUUAGAUCACAGUGAUAUCAAUUUACUGUAUCUCUUUGUGCCAAUUAAAUGUAGACUUAAUGUCAUUCCACAGUUUUCCCCCGCUGGGAAUCAAUAACGGUGUAUCUUAUCAUUUAUCUAGUUUACUAGAUCAGCCAUGAAUUUUCUAUUGGAAGUCGGUAAGCAGCCCAUCUGUUGCGUUCCGGUGAAAUCAGUUUUGUGUUUUUUUAAAGCAAGGAUUAAGGGGAGCUCAUUCCAGAUAUCCUCCCAUUUUUUUAGUUGAAUUUGAUAUGAGUCACAGCCUUGAUAUGAAAAUAUGGACUUUUUCUUUUGUUCAGCUACAUUUCAACUGGAUUAUCUGUAACAUGUGAAGCCACUCCUGUAAUUUAAAUUAGACGGCACAUAUUUUAUAUGCUUUUUACUAGUGUGGAAAGUAGACACUAAAUUACUGUGUUUUCUCGAGGCCUCAGAUAAAUUCACAAUAGUAAUUCUGAUUGAUUGUCACCUCUUUAACGCAAAUAGUAGUAUUACACAGUAAGCAAAACUCUAAAGGCAUAUUUUAUAUCAUGUUAAGUGGAUCGGAUAAUUCUAACAAAACACCCGGCCCAGACUUUCUAAUCCAAUUCAAACAGCAUUUCUUUCCUCUCGUCAUCUGUAACUGUUGCUCAGUUUGAAUUGUUCAUUAUUUACACGGAUAAAUGCAUUUGGACACAUACUUCCGUUGGCUGAAAUGCUUUGUCACAUGAGCGUGGAACUACUACUCUUUAAAAGUUCUUUGUCCCUGAAGGUUAUCUGUCGCCCAUUGUGUGUCGCGUUGGAAUGUAUUUUCUGUCCCUUCUUCGCUGCCCUUUGGCUCCGCUGAUUGUGACACAGCAGAGCUUAAGCUGCUUUAAUGUCCGUGCACUGAAGCAUUUAUUUUGCGUGUGAUAUUGUUUUGUUUUUUGUCGAGGUACAUUUGCUUUGUCCGUCUGGUAUUUAUCCUGAAGGUGAUGAUCAGCCUUCACACUUUUCAUGUACGUCCUCCUUUUUGUUUUUCACACAUGAGCCAUAAAGUGGGAGCCACAUACUGUGUGUUCAGGCCCCGUUCUGGUCGAGGCACCGUCAAUGCAGCACCUGACACGUGGUGGUGGUGGUGGUGGUGGUGGGGUGGUUUCUGCUGAGCAUCAGCAAAAUUGACGGUAAAGGCAAGACAGCCAGGCGGCGCAGCGGCAGCACAAGAAGGGGGGGAAGGGGGUGGAACGGUCCGUCAGAAAAACCAACCCUCAAAACAAUCUGGACCAGUAUUCUUUCUGUCAGCAAAUCCUCUGGAGGGGGAGUAAUCUCAGAGCAGAAAAAGCUCCUUGUGCACUUCAGAGCACAUAACAGCAGCAUUGGGCUCCACGGCGGAGGAGCAGAACCACUGGGAACCACGCAGUCAUUCCUCACGCCUUCCGGGGUCCUUCUUUAUGCGUCUUGACCUUGUGUAUAUCUUGCUUUCUUUUCUUUUUAAAAAAAAUAAGGAGUUAUUUUUAAAGCAUUUCUACCUCAUGGCUACAAAACACACGUGGUAUUUGAUUUAUCCAAAUGUCAGACAUUUGGGGGGGGGGGCAAAAAAAAAUGCAUCAAAAUAGAAACAACAAAAAAAUUAAAAACAAAAAUAAAGCGGAGAGAAUAACACAAUGACGUUUUUGCGCGGUCUACCUCAGAUGGACGUACUUAAAACAUUUAGCUGAUGGUGCAACCGCAUACGACAUAGCCAUGUGUAUGUGUGCAAGUGUGUGUGUGUGUGUGUGUGUGUCAGAAAGGAGCUAUAGGCUCGACACAGACAAACACACACAACACACUCGCCUGACGUCAAAAAAACACACUCACAAGCGAUUUGUGAGAAGGGUGCAGUUGGGGGUCGAUUUGAAAGGCGACCUGGAAAUGUAUAAUCCAAUACAUUUGCUUUAAUCUUUUGUGAACUACUGUGGUUGUGCGCGUGUGAAUGUGUAUAUACGUGGGCACACCCUUCUGUUUUUUAUUUAGUGUGUUGAAUUUUAUAAAUUGUUAGUAUAUAUAACACACUUGCACAACUUAAAAACAAGAGUGUAACGUGUUUUCUGUUGUACAUACCUAUACAUACAAUACAAAUGCACCACUUGUUUAUAUGUGUGAAUAUGUUGCCAUACUUGCAGUCAAUGUAUUUUCAUGUAAUCUUAGGUACAAGCAGCAACGAACGAUUCAUUAAAGACAUUUUCUUGGGAGAUUA